CCUACAGCUCUCCAUCCCCAUUGACCUCACAAACAUGCUCGUUGUCGUCUCUCUGCACUUUCCGAGCCUUCAAAGCCUGCUUUCUUCUUCUCCGGCAGCUGUUACGCACAUCUCUCCAUGGGCCUUCUUCCACCCUCCUUCAGCUCCCCCGUCUUUCCUUAAGCCGUCGCCAUUGCACAAGAAUACUAUUUAUCUCCCAUGAUCCGUCACGCCCCGAUGCUCACCCUCCGCAGUAGUGCCUAAAGCGCUGAACAACAUCAAAAUGGCCCACAUGCUCUCCGUCCGGCCUCCCAGUCCUCUGAAGCGCUCCUUCAGCGACAAUCCUUAUCUCCGCUCCUGUUCCCCUCUCAAAGAUGUCCCCUGCGGCGCACUCCGCGAAAUCACGCCUCGCAACGCAUCAGCGUGCUCUGUUUACUCCCUAGGAUCGAGCAAAGCUGCAGACUGGCUCCGCGGUACCGAGAACACUCCACCACUACUCACCUCGGUCUCUCUGCUGGAUCUCGUUCCUGAAAAGGAAGGACACGAUGCCUUUUCCCGGUCCACCGAUGAUGUACCACGAAAGCGGAGCUGUGGCCCAAAUCGACCGCCUCCGUCGUUUUCACGCGUUGCAGUACCUUCCAAUCCGCAUUCGAGGAAGGCCGCAGGCAUCAAACCGGCGCCCGAGCCCUCAAGCAGCGUACCAAGCUCGCCAGAACCAAUGGUCGUGGAUAGCAAUACCGAUGAUGAUACCGAAUUCUUCGAUCUGUACAACGCAAUCCACAUUCCCCUGCCUGAAGGCCGCUUCUCGGAUAACACUGGUAGUGAAUCACAUGAGGAUGUUGACCCUCCAGCAGUGGCAGUUGUCGUCAAUGCACAACCAUUCCGGCGCUGGAUGAGUACCCUAAGACGUCGACAUAUCCACAGGCGCAAAGACCACAUCUCAGAGGCGGUACAUCUAUCAGAUGAUACCACCGAAGGGGGCCCGACCAUGCUACUUGCUCCCGCCAUGUCCGAAUCGGUUCGCAGGAUGUCGGUAUCGAUAUCCUCAUCCAUGGGCUGCGUCACAGCGAUCAAGUCGGCUUCGAUGACCGUGGCAAGCACAAGCAUUGCUCCGCGUUCAGACGCAGGUGGUUUCCAUGGCCCAGCUCGUCUUGGAAACAGGAGCAGUCACUACUCAGAGGUUCGAAGAUCAACAGACAGCCAUGGAGGAGGUUUAGGCCCAAUCAUCGACGAAAGCGCUUGGUUGAGAUCCCUCCAGCGCCGGAAGGUUGUCGAAGAGCUCAUUUCCUCGGAGGAGAGCUACAUUGCGGACUUGAAAGUCUUGAUUAACGACUAUUUCAUGAUCCUAACCGCCGUUCCCGCAUUACCAGCCCAGACCCGAGCAUCCAUUCAACAGAAUAUCUCUCAGAUUCUGCAGCUGCACGAGGAUCUGAUGGCCGAGCUCCACCAUGCCGUCCCUCAGAUAGAUUUUACCCAGAGUGCACAACAAGAGACCUAUCCUGUAACAAAAGCAAAACAUAUCCGUUUCCACAGUGCAGACAUGAUGCCCGGACGUUUCGCAGAACACAAAAUCACUCGAAAGCUCAGGCACUCGCUCGAAAUUGGGAGAUCGCCGGAUAGGCGGCCUCAGGGCUUGGUGACGGACACCAAAGUCGUAGGGGAUAUUGCCGCCAUCUUCAACAAGCAUAUGAAACGGUUUUUCGCAUACGAAGAGUAUGGUGCGCAUUGGACUACAAUGUCUCAGGACCUUACUUCGACGUGCAAAGGAUUGCAUGGCUGGCAAGAGUACGAACGGGGAGUUGAGGCACUCUCAAAAGUGGUCGCUUCGGAGAAUAAUCGACAGUUAAGCAGUCGAAAAGCACUGAGCUUUCCGGACUUGCUCAUCAAGCCAAUCCAAAGAGUGUGCAAGUAUCCGCUCCUGUUCGACGAUCUCUGUCGUCAGACGCCCGUGUACGACGACCCCGAGGCACAUGCCGAGCUAGAGAAGGCACUUUUUCGACUGCAAGAGACCAUCCGGGAAGUCAAUAAAGCAAAAGACGAUCCAAAAACCCGCCGCUUGAUCGAGAUCACCUGGCAGCUCCAGGAUCGCUUGGUGUUUCCGGAGCAGACUCUUUCCCGCGCUCUCGUCUUUCGACUGCUCGGUCACGUCCUUGUGUGCGGAGUGCUGCACGUUGCCUACCAAACCCCUGAGCGCGUCAAGGGCCAGUACGUGGUUUGUGUUCUGUACAAAUCAUGCCUCGUUCUCGCAACAGCGGCGCGGUUCUUCACACCAUACAAUGCCGUUGCCUGCAUCAGUCUCGCCAAUGCCAGUAUCGAGGAGCCGGAUAAUGGGCGAGGUCUCCAAUGCCACACUGCGACACACACUUGGAAGUUAGUGUUUGAACAUGGCCAUCGCUUACACGAGAUCAUAUUAAGCGCAUGCUCCUCUCCAGAAGAAGAAGUCUGGAAGAAGCAGCUACGCCAACGUAUUGUAUGUGAGACUCAUGAUUUCGUGGAAGGACAGUCUACCAUGCAGGACAUGUUCUCAUCCUUAUCCUUGGACAUCAAAUCUAUCGGGCCUGUCUUCGGGCAUGCAGACAGCCUAGUACGGCGUAUGUCUGUUCACCGAGCCGCCACUCUUGGAUCAAAAUCGCAUAUGGCUCAGGUCAUUAUCAAAAACACGCAAGCGCAGAAGACGCCAGAGCCGCCGCCCACGUUUGCGCCGAAUUUGGUUACUCGGUCGCAAUCACACAUGUCUACAAAUCACGUCCCUACAUUGGCUCCAAGAAGGGCUGAAAGAAUCCGUCUUGAAACAGCACUGGAAGACGUUUGGACGAAAGACAUCUUACCUUUUCCGGGAAUGGGAAACCGGAGAGUGGAAAAUCAGAUCCGCGCAUCCGCCAACUCGGUAAUGAGGAAGCUGAGCAUGGCCAGCAUCGCAAGCAACUUUUCUCGUCGUUCUCCCAGCUUCACUAGCAUGAGCAAUACACAAUCCGAAGAUUCUUUCGGUAGCAGAGUGCACAAGAUUUCCCACGGAAACUUGCGAGCGCGAUCGGCCACAGAGCGUCGUCCAGCACCUGCUGUGGUCGACUUCCACAACGCCCCAGCCGCAUUUCUUCCCGCAGAUUUCGAGCUUCAGGACACGAGACCUUCCAGCCGUCGUCGACGACUAGCAAACAAGGCAGCCGGCACCGAGCGCUGGAGUGAGAAGACACAGAAGAGUACGCCUGGUAAACCGAAGCGAACGCGACGCCUUUCUUCGCACAUCAUCAGCCUACCCCGGACGGAUUCGAGCAGUCGUGUUGAGGCGAGAACUACGUCGGCCGCAUCUAAUUCCACUAUGUUGCGUUCGAACGAGGUUGUUGGCGACGUAGCGAAGGGCCAGGAGAACGAGAAGCAGAGGAGGGAGGCGAAGGAAAAGAAUAGGAGCUUGCAGAGGGAUGCAUCCUCAGGUAACGCUCCGCCAAAGAAGUUCUUGAAGAGCAAGAGCAGGAUUUUCAAUUUUUUGGGUAUGAGGCCCGGUUGAUGGUAAUUGGAUUGGAUCAAGAAGCUUUUGGAAGCUUGGAUUGCACUGCCUUUUGGCGUCUUUUGAAUGAGGGAUGAAGGAAGAGGUCAUG